AUGGCGGGUCCUAAGAAAGCUCGAAUCCGAGCUCCAACAACAGCGAGCCUGCCAAACAACCUCCGUAUUCCAUCAACAGCACACUCCCUAAUCAAGACCUUGGGCAAACUAUCCCGGCAAGCAUUACUUGACCUUGCCCUUGAUUGGCUCGAUGAAAAAAACAUUCAAUCAUUCCCACCACAUCUCCAACAUGAACAAAACAACAACAACGAAGAUGAAGAAGCAUUACCAUACCCCGCGGCAGAUACCAUUGAAGAAGUCCGCCAAGUAUACGAGGACUUCCAAGAACGAAAAGGUGGCAAGCGAGAAGUUCUCGAGAGGAUCUUAGAAGGCGACUGGCGACAAGGUAUCACACUGCGACAACUUGCGAUGGCGGAUAUCCGCCACAUGGACGAUCAUCCAGCAAGUUUGCGCUGGACAGCUCUGGAACUCGGUCGCAUCGAUCCUAAACGGAACAAGUCUAGUAACAAGACAGCACCGGAAGACUGGUCUAGCAAUGUACCGCGCAUACAAGCAGCCAGCUUUGUCAAGGCUCUUCAGCGUGAAAUCUCCCCACUCGUCAAGGCACAUUACCAUCUCGCCCGAUCAUCAGCUCUACCUCUCACCAUUCUGCGCAUCUUCAUCGUCGAUUCUCCCUACCAAUCUCCUCGUCAAACGCCGGAGAUCUUCGCAGACUCUUCCCGCGUCAUAUACGUUGCUUUCCCUGAUAGUUGCCCCUUCAUUUAUACCUCCGUCACAGCAUCGAAUGGAUCCAAGACGCCCACACCCAUAACAAGCUCCAUUGCAACUGAUCCGCGCAGUCUGCAGCGACUAGUCCGCGACGCAGUUCCGAAAGCCCUCUCCCGACCGCAUGAGCGGUAUACCCUGAAAGCCACCGCGUUGGCGGCGAAAAACCUCCCAACCUUAUUAGCUCUGCGUGGUGCUGGUCGAUCAACCGCAGCAAAUGGCAGUUUCAGUAUUUUUGCCGAUUCCGCUCUCGAAGGAAGUCCAUUGGAUCCUCGUCCCUCAAAUACUGUUUCUGCACAGGAACACAUGCGUAGUGGACACAGACCUGUCAAGUACGACGAUAAGGAGAAUAUGAACCCCGCACAGAAUGCUGAGAAGUCUUCACGGAAAUCUGGGAGACGGGUAUCCGGCGUGGAUGAGUCUGCUGCUUUGUCACCGACGUCUAAAAAGCGUCGUCUGGCUGUUGACUCGCGUUUUGGGACGGCGGCCGUAUCUCUUACUCCGGCGCCGUUGGAUCGUCUGGAUGUUCGUCUUUUGGAUGGCCCUUCUGGUGGUGGAGAGGGGAGUCGCCUUGUUGGAGGUAUGCCACCUGUAUCUCUCACUUUCUCUGGGAGUGAUGUCAUUGGCGGAAUUCGCAAGCUCGCUGAGCUGGGCGUUAUUAACCCGGAACGAAUGCCCAGCUGGUUGACAGGUGAAGAGGCUGUGAGCAUGGCUGUUGUUCGCGAGGGUCGGCGCAUCAAGAAGAAUGAUUGA